CAUCGGACCAGGGGCUGCAGCGCCCUUUGAGGGUUCGCUGGUGCUGGCGACGGAACGAAUCGUGCGGGGCUGCCUGCGCUGUUGCAUCUGUGGUGCUGGCGCCGAGUCACGCACGCGGCGCAUCCGAGCGCGGCCGGCGGCCGGCGGGCCAACUUUUGGCGUGCGCCGCGGCGCCGCGGCGCUCGGCGAGUUCGCGCUUCUUCCAGCCUCUGGCGCACCCAUCUCCUCUCCCCUCCCACUACCACACCCACACCGCAUCCCUCAACACACAUCGCAGCCACUGUAUCAUGUCUGCCGCCACUGCUGCCAAGGGCAAGGUCCUGCUCGCCUACUCCGGCGGUCUCGACACGUCCACCAUCCUCGCCUGGCUCAUCGACGAGGGCUACGAUGUCGUCACCUUCAUGGCCAACGUCGGCCAGAUCGAGGACUUCGAGGUCGCGCGCAACAAGGCGCUCAAGUGCGGCGCCAAGGAGUUCAUCCUCGAGGACAUGCGUCGCGAGUUCAUCGAGGAGCUCAUCUACCCCGCCGUGCAAGUGAACGCCAUCUACGAGGACACGUACCUGCUCGGCACCUCGCUCGCGCGCCCCGUCAUUGCGCGCGGCAUGAUCGAGGCGGCCGCGCGCACGGGAUGCGAGUACGUGGCGCACGGCUGCACGGGCAAGGGCAAUGACCAGGUUCGCUUUGAGCUGGCAUUCUACGGCCUCAAGCCUGACAUCAAGGUGAUCGCGCCUUGGCGUAUGGCUGAGUUCUACAACCGCUUCGCUGGCCGCACUGCGCUGCUCGACUACGCCGCGUCCAAGGGCAUCCCGGUCACGCAGAGCAAGGCCAAGCCGUGGUCCACUGACGAGAACGCCAUGCACUGCUCGUACGAGGCCGGCAUCCUCGAGGACCCGGACCACACGCCGCCGGAGGACAUGUGGGGCCUGAUCAAGUCGCCCGAGGCUGCGCCCGACACGCCCGAGAAGAUCGUCAUCACCUUCACGACGGGCAUCCCGACCAAGGUCAAGAUUGGCAGCAACGGCAAGGAGGUCACGGACGCCGUCGAGAUCUUCGACACGCUGAACCUGCUCGCGCGCGAGCACGGCAUUGGCCGCAUUGACAUUGUCGAGAACCGCCUGCUCGGCCUCAAGUCGCGCGGCUGCUACGAGACGCCGGCCGGCACGAUUCUGCGCACGGCGCACAUUGCCCUCGAGGGCCUCGUCAUGGACAAGGAGCUGCGCAAGCUGCGCGACGCCAUGCUCUCCAAGAGCUUCUCGCAGCAGCUCUACGACGGCCUGUACUACUCGGCUGAGUGCGAGUUUGUGCGCUCGUGCAUUCCGGCCAGCCAGAAGAACGUCAACGGCGACGUGCGCCUGAAGCUGUACAAGGGCAACACGAUCGUCGAGGGCCGUUCGUCGUCCGAGACGCUGUACAGCGCCGACGCUGCGUCCAUGGACGUGGUGGAGGGCUUCGACGUCGAGGCUGCCGGCGGCUUCAUCGCCACGAGCUCGAUCCGCCUCAAGGCGCACGGCGUCAACCAGACGCGCAAGGGCCUUGGUGGCGUCGACCGCCAGAGCGCUCACUCUGGUGGCAAGGCAUGAGUGCCCGUGCGACCGGAUAUAGAGGAGAGAGAGAGGCGCGGCAACGCGCUUGUGAGGUGGAGGGAGAUAGAAUCAGAAUGC